UCCACGAUGCGUGGACUCAUUGUGACUUUCGCGGUUUUGGCCGUCGCCGCCGCCACCACCCAAACCACCUACGAAAACUACAAGGUUUACCAGGUGAAACCUCAGACCGAUGAAGAAGCUAAGGUGCUGUUGAGCUUCAAGCGUUUCACCCCGGAAAUCGAUUUCUGGAAUGAAUUGCACGCCGUUGGACAGUCCGUCGAUGUCAUGGUUUCUCCAAACCUUCAGCAGUUGUUCUUGAACAACCUGAGGAACCACAACAUCGCCUUCUACGAAAUCAUCAGCGACGUUGAACGUCUCUUCCAGAAUGAGCGUAUGAACCAGAGGUCUGCUCCGAAAGCUGCCGAAGGCAGGAUCAACUUCGUCGAGUUCCACCGUUACGGAGUCAUCGAGAGUUACCUGAAGAAAAUCGCCGAAGAAUACCCAGAAAUCACCAGGCUUCGCACUCCAGCCAACACCACCGAAGGUCGUCCAAUCUACAUGCUGAGGAUCACCACCGGAGGAAGCCAAGGAGGACAACACACCAAGCCAGCGAUCCUCAUCGAUGGUGGAAUUCACGCCCGCGAAUGGAUCUCUCCAGCUACCGUCUUGUACAUCAUCCAAGAAUUGGUUGAGAACCCAGAGAACCGUCACAUGAUCGAGAAUGUCGAUUGGAUGAUCAUCCCAGUCUUGAACCCAGAUGGUUACGAAUACACCCACACCAACUCUCGUCUUUGGAGGAAGAACCGCUCCAAGGGAAAGAGAUGUACCGGUACCGACUUGAACAGGAACUUCGGUUUCCACUGGAUGGAAGUCGGCGCCAGCAGCGACGAAUGCGACGAUACCUUCGCCGGAAAGGCCGGUCUCUCUGAGCCUGAAACCGAAGCCAUCACCCACAUCGUUGGCAAGCACGGAGAGCAAAUCAAGUUGUACCUGACCUUCCACAGCUACGGCCAAUACCUCUUGUACCCAUGGGGUUACACCUCUGCCCUCCCAGAGAACUGGAAGGAGCAUGACGAUCUCGGACACGCUGUCGACAAGGCCAUCUCCGCUGUUGCCGGUACCUCCUACACCAUUGGAUCCUCCACCAACACCCUUUACGCCGCUGCUGGUGGUAGCGAUGACUGGGUUAAGGGCGUCGGUGGCGUUCCAGUCGCCUUCUGCAUUGAACUUCCCGGAGGCGGCUCCUGGGGCUUCGAUCCUCCAACCUCCAUGAUCCAUCCCGUCGUCACCGAGACCUGGGAGGGAGUCAAGGUCUUCCACAAGCACGUACAAACCACCUACGCCAACUGAAUCAGUUAAACCUAAUUAAGACAACAUUGUAAAUAAAUUGUUAUACCAGAAAACUU